AUGAACCGAAGGCACCAAGUGCGUGUCAAGCCAUGGAUGGUGCUGGUCGGUGGCUUCAGUCUGAUGAAGUUGAUGGGAGCCUUUGUGCCACCACCACAGGGCAAGGCGGUGCCAGUGAGAUGCACACCACACCUUGGGGCACGCCUCGUUGGGCAUGUGGUUGGCUCAUGCAUCAUGGUAGCCCCAGCCUAUGCCUCUGACACGUCGGGGCUGGAUUUUCAACAAUUCGUUGAAGAGUUUGCGGGGAAGAAGGACUUCUUCGUUGCCUUGGCCAGCGCCACCCUAUCAGUGGCGGGGACUGCAGUUGCAGUGGCUCAAUCGGAUCAAGCAAAGCGCUCGGCAGACGAGGCAUUCAAAGCUUCUCCAGAAGGCAAAAUCCAACAAGCGCUGGCAAAGGCCAUGGAGCCUUUUGAACCCAGCAGGCCGCAAGACGAGGUCAUCCAAAGGCCAGUGAUGGAAACUCUCCGGCAACGCAUUGCGAGCUGGCAACAACAUGCGACCAUCAUUGGGGGUCGGUACCAGUCAGGCAAGUCUGUGGCAACAGAAGAAGCCUUGCGCGGGGCGCGAGGUGUUGUGCGAUUCACCAUCGAGAGUUCCGAUUGGAAGAGGAUGAUGUUCGAGGAACUUAAAGUGGAAGACGGUGGAUUGUUCAAAGAGGUCAUGCGCCGAGCGCGCGAGAAGCUCAAGGACUUUCCCGACAACCUCACCAAGUUUCCAAUCCUUCUUCUUGAAGUCCCUCGUACAACCACCGAAGGCAUCAACUUAAUCUCUUCUACUGCGAAGGAUGUGGCGACGGACAAAAUCGGAAGUGCCAUUCAUGUGAUUGUGUCAGCCUCUUCGGCGGCAGUGGCGCUGGCUUUUGAUGCAGGAGGAAUUGCAAGGCAGGAAGACAUUUGGGUUGGCGACUUGACGGAGGAGGAAGCGAAGGAGUUUUUGGCACUGCAUGGGCAUGAGAACAAGUGGGAGGACUUCGUGGAUGCUUGUGGCUUCCGGAUUGGCGACUUGGCGAAGGCCUGUGAGAAUCUGAAGAAAGGAAUGUCAUUGGACAACACUAAGCAAGAGUAUCAGCGACUUGCUACUGUGGAAGUUGUCGGCUUCAUGGAGCUUCAAGUGCACCCCAAGGUCACGGGGCGCGAGAUGUUGCAAGAGCUCCUCAAAGUUUAUCCUGAAGGCAUCCCAGAGGUUUUAAACGGCAUCCGCAUCCUCCCAAGGGAGGUUGCCGCACUAAUUCGCAACAAGAGUUGUCAUGCUGUGUAUUUUCACCCAAUCAAGAAGCGCUUCUUUUUUGCCUCCAAAUUGCAUAAGGAGGCCGCUGAAGCGCAACUGGCAAAUCCAUGA